AUGGGGAAGGAGAGGCAGACCAAGAAGGGACCAAACCCCACAUCUCCGCCUAUAGGCCGCAAAUCUCCCAGGAAGCCGAAAUGUUCUCGCUGCAGAAAUCACGGUUUCUUCACUACUUUAAAAGGACACAAACGCUUCUGCGACUGGAAGGACUGCCAGUGUCCCAAAUGCAAACUGAUUGCUGAGAGGCAGCGUAUCAUGGCGGCCCAGGUCGCACUAAGGAGACAACAGGCCCAAGAAGAGGAAAUGGGAAUAAGCAUUCCUGUGGCUUUAUAUGGCUCUGAUGUUAUGAUGAAAAACGAAGCGGCUGCCGAUUGUCUGUUCUCUGUGGAAGGCCGAUCCUCCAGCUCCCCCUUCAACAUCGGCCCCUCCUCUCUGGCUGUGUCAGGAGGUGUCUCUUCACCACCUUCCAGCUCCUCAGCUGCUGUUCGGCCUCAUACCGACGGAGCGCCUGACCUCCUUCUGGAAACUCCUUACUACAACUUCUACCAGCCUUCGCGCUUCCCCACAUAUUAUGGCAAUCUUUACAACUAUCAACAGUACCAGGUGGAUGAUGUAAAAUAAGGGUGGGACAGAGCUUCCAGACAGAAGAUGGUGCCAGAUAAGAAGACAGGCACUUUCAAGCAGAUGCCUCAUGGGGACGGCCACCUCCCUGGCCACAGUAUGUCCCCUCAGUACCGGAUGCAUUCCUACUACCCUGGAGCCCCCUACCUGACCCAGGGUCUGGGCUCCACCACCUGUGUGCCUCCCUUUGUCAGCGUGGAGGACAACAACAGCUGCUCUGGGACCAUGGCAGCCUCCUUUCCUCCCACCAAUUACGAGUGUGAGACCAGCAGCCAGACGGCCAACAUCAACGUUGACACCAGCAACUAAAAGACGAAGGUGGUCAGCUUUCAUCUUCUGGAGCAACCGUUUUAACAGUUCACUUCUUUUU